AUGGCAUCGAUACCUUGUUCACCUCGACGUUCAGUAUCUAAUAUGAAAGAUCUUCAAAAUUUAUUUCAAAGUCCUCUUAUUUCAUACGUAUCAUCAUCAUCAUCAUCAACAACACCUCCAUUACAAUAUUUUAAUAUGCGUGUUACUGAACGGCUACAUCGUUAUCGCUCAUUAAAACGACAUUGGUAUGAAGUAGCAACAGCUGUUCAACAUAAAUCUUCUUCACCUCCAAAAGUAGACUCUCCAUUACCUUUUCCCGAUAUUACACCAUUUAUACAAGAACAAAUUGUAGAAUCAAAAGUUAAUGAUGUAAAAGAUUAUAUUACUCCAACAACAAUAGCAUUGAAAGAAAGUAAUGAUAAAAAUUCUAUUGAAAUUAAUCCAUUACAUUCACAAAUACAACGAGAUUUAAUUGAAUUACGAAAAUUAAUGAAGACCAGACAGAAACGACAUAUUGAAAUUAUAGCUUCGAAAACAAAUACAUACAAUCAACAAUUCGGAGAAACAUUAAUAAAUCCUGUAUUCGACGAUCAAGAAAAUAAUAAUACAAUAAAUACUAGAAGAUCAUCAUCUUUAAAUAAAGCUAAAUUAUAUGAUCGUACAAAAAUCUCUGGUUCUCCACUGCGUCCAUCAACAUUUCCACAAAGUAAUUCAAUAGAAAGGACAAAUGUUACUAGAAAUAAUUCAUUAAAUACAUCUCCACAAAAUUUAAAACAACAACAAAAAACCAAACAAAAAGUUCAUAGUAAAACAUUUAGUAUUUGUCGUAGUCAAAUUCAUGGUACUCUUUCUUCUGAUUCUAUUGAACAUCGUACAGUUUCAUCAAAAAAAAAAUCCAACACACCACCUAAAAUAACUUCAAAUACGGAUUUAAAACAAACUCAACCUUAUCGUCUUUCUAUGCCACCAGUAUUGAAGAAGAAAGAAUCAAGUUUUAUUAAACAAGAAAUUCUAUUACCACCUAUUCGACGGUCAUCAAUCAUUGAACAAACAACAACACGUUCAUAUAACUAUGCAGCAUCAACUUCAUCGGCAACUCCAUCUUCUAUGAAAAUCAAUCGAAAUCAAUCAUUAUUACCAAUACUUCUAACAUCAGUUUCUUGUAUUGGUAUUCAACCACAAGAAAAUCAUUAUGAAACACAUGAAGAAAAUGAUGAUGAUGAUGAUGAUGAUGAUGAUGAUGAUGAUGAUGGUGAUUAUUAUAAUUUACUUCAUUAUAAACAAUUAAUAAAUCAUUUACCAAAACCAAUUAUAUCAAUUCAUCCACGAUAUAAUCAAGAUGACUAUGGAAUAUUAUUUGAACAAUUAGAUCAUAUACGAGAAAGAAUGCCAGAUUCACAUGUUUAUGAUAAUUACACACGAAUUUAUUAA